UUCACAGAAGUCUUUUGUGAAAGAAGAAAAGAAAUUCAGUUUGUGGGUCUCAGCAGGAAUUAAGCUAAUGCAGAUUAAAAUAAUGCCGAAAAAGAAGUGCUUAUCUGCAGGCAGAGGGCCCCUGAUUGUCUUCCUGUGCCAGAUGAUUAGUGCGGUGGAAGUACCUCUUGAUCCAAAACUACUUGAAGAUUUGGUACAACCUCCAACCAUCACCCAACAGUCUCCAAAAGAUUACAUUAUCGACCCUCGGGAGAAUAUUGUAAUCCAGUGUGAGGCAAAAGGGAAACCUCCUCCAAGCUUCUCCUGGACACGUAAUGGGACUCAUUUUGACAUAGAUAAGGACCCUCUGGUCACCAUGAACCCUGGCUCAGGAACCCUCGUAAUCAACAUUAUGAGUGAGGGGAAAGCGGAGACCUAUGAAGGCGUCUAUCAGUGUACAGCCAGGAAUGAACGCGGGGCUGCAAUUUCUAAUAAUAUUGUCAUCCGUCCAUCUAGAUCACCAUUGUGGACCAAAGAAAAACUUGAACCAAUGAUACUUCGAAAUGGUCAGCCUUUAGUACUUCCCUGCAGGCCUCCAAUUGGAUUACCACCACCUAUAAUAUUCUGGAUGGAUAAUUCCUUUCAAAGACUCCCACAAAGUGAAAGAGUUUCCCAGGGUCUAAAUGGGGACCUUUAUUUUUCCAAUGUUCUCCCAGAGGACACCCGCGAAGACUAUAUCUGUUAUGCCAGGUUUAAUCACACUCAAACCAUACAGCAGAAGCAACCUAUUUCUGUGAAGGUGAUUUCAGUGGAUGAAUUGAAUGACACUAUAGCUGCUAAUUUGAGUGACACUGAGUUUUAUAGUGCUAAACCAAGUAGAGAGAGGCCACCAACGUUUUUAACUCCAGAAGGCAACGCAAGUCACAAAGAGGAAUUAAGAGGAAAUGUCCUUUCACUAGAGUGCAUAGCAGAAGGAUUGCCUACCCCUAUAAUUCACUGGAUAAAAGAAGAUGGAACAUUACCCAUCAACCGGACAUUUUAUAAGAAUUUUAGGAAAACACUGCAGAUCAUUCAUGUUUCAGAAGCUGACUCUGGAAAAUACCAAUGUAUAGCAAAAAAUGCCUUAGGAGUCAUCCAUCAUACCAUCUCUGUUACAGUUAAAGCGGCUCCAUACUGGAUCAUGGCACCUAGAAACCUCGUGCUGUCCCCAGGAGAAGAUGGGAGCCUGAUCUGCAGACCUAAUGGCAACCCCAAGCCCAAGAUUAGCUGGUUAACAAAUGGAGUCCCAAUAGAAAUUGCUUCUGAUGACCCCAGCAGAAAAAUAGAUGGCGAUACCAUUAUUUUUUCGAAUGUUCAAGAAAGAUCAAGUGCGGUUUAUCAGUGCAAUGCUUCUAAUGAAUAUGGAUAUUUACUGGCAAACGCAUUUGUAAAUGUGCUGGCUGAGCCGCCGAGAAUCCUCACACCCGCAAACACACUCUAUCAGGUCAUUGCAAACAGACCUGCUUUACUGGAUUGCGCCUUCUUUGGGUCUCCUCUGCCUACCGUUGAGUGGUUUAAAGGAGCUAAAGGAAGUGCUCUUCGUGAAGAUAUUUAUGUCUUACAUGAAAACGGAACUUUGGAAAUCCCUGUGGCCCAAAAGGACAGUACGGGGACUUAUACAUGUGUUGCAAGGAAUAAACUGGGGGUGGCAAAGAAUGAAGCUCGGUUAGAAAUCAAAGAUCCAACGAGGAUCAUUAAACAGCCUGAAUAUGCCGUUGUGCAAAGAGGGGGGACAGUGUCCUUUGAAUGCAAAGUGAAACACGAUCAUACCUUAAUCCCCACUAUCAUGUGGCUGAAGGACAAUCGUGAGUUGCCCGAUGACAGAAGGUUCACUGUUGACAAGGACCAUUUGGAGGUAGCUGAUGUAGGUGAUGAUGAUGGGGGAACCUACACAUGUGUGGCCAACACAACUCUGGACAACGUCUCUGCCAGUGCCGUGCUUAGCGUUGUUGAUGUCCCAAAUCCUCCCUUCGAUUUAGAAUUGACAAAUCAUCUCAACAAAAGUGUUCAGCUGUCAUGGACACCUGGUGAUGACAACAACAGCCCUAUUACAAAAUUCAUCAUUGAAUAUGAAGAUUCAAUGCAUGAAGCAGGGCUGUGGCACCACCAAACUGAAGUUUCUGGAAUCCAGACCACGGCGCAGCUGAAGCUGUCUCCUUACGUGAACUACUCCUUCCGAGUGGUGGCGGUGAACGGCAUCGGGAGGAGCAUGCCCAGUGAGGUGUCAGAACACUAUCUGACUAAAGCAGCAGAACCAGAUAAAAAUCCCACGACUGUGGAAGGACUAGGAUCGGAACCUGAUAAUUUGGUGAUUACUUGGAAGCCCUUGAAUGGUUUUGAAUCUAAUGGGCCAGGCCUUCAGUACAAAGUUAGCUGGCGCCAGAAAGAUGGCGACGAUGAAUGGACGUCUGUGGUCGUGGCCAAUGUAUCCAAAUACAUUGUUUCGGGCACACCAACCUUUGUUCCAUACCUGAUAAAAGUUCAGGCCCUAAAUGACGUGGGGUUUGCUCCAGAGCCAGCUGUAGUUAUGGGACAUUCCGGAGAAGACCUCCCGAUGGUGGCUCCGGGGAAUGUGCGUGUGAAUGUGGUGAAUAGUACCUUAGCUGAGGUACACUGGGACCCAGUACCUCUGAAAAGUAUCCGUGGACACCUACAAGGCUAUCGGAUUUACUACUGGAAGGCACAGAGCUUAUCUGAAAGAAGCAAACGUCACAUUGAGAAAAAGAUCCUCACUUUUCAAGGCAGCAAGACUCACGGCAUGUUGCCUGGACUGGAGCCCUUUAGCCACUACACAGUGAAUGUCCGAGUGGUCAAUGGGAAAGGGGAGGGCCCAGCCAGCCCUGACAGAGUCUUUAAUACUCCAGAAGGAGUCCCCAGUGCUCCGUCCUCUCUUAAGGUUGUUAACCCCACACUGGACUCGCUCACCUUGGAAUGGGAUCCACCAAGCCACCCAAAUGGCAUUUUGACUGAGUACACCUUGAAAUAUCAGCCGAUUAACAGCACACAUGAAUUAGGCCCGCUGGUAGAUUUAAAAAUUCCUGCCAACAAGACACGCUGGAUUUUAAAAAAUUUGAAUUUCAGCACUCGAUAUAAGUUUUAUUUCUAUGCACAAACAUCAGCAGGAUCCGGAAGUCAAAUAACAGAGGAAGCAGUAACAACUGUGGAUGAAGGUAAGAUGGCUGGUAUUCCUCCACCUGAUGUAGGUGCAGGCAAAGUUCAAGCAGUAAAACCCAGGAUCAGGGAUCUUACUGCCGCAGCUGCUGAGACCUCUGCCAAUAUCAGCUGGGAAUAUGAGGGACCAGAGCAUGUCAACUUUUAUGUUGAAUAUGGUGUGGUAGGCAGCAAAGAAGAAUGGAGGAAAAAAAUUGUAAAUGGUUCUGGGAACUUCUUUGGGUUGAAGGGUCUAAUGCCAGGAACAGCAUACAAAGUUGGUAUUGGUGCUGAAGGGAACUCUGGUUUUGUGAGUUCAGAGGAUGUGUUUGAGACAGGCCCAGCAAUGGCAAGCCGGCAAGUGGAUAUUGCAACUCAGGGCUGGUUCAUUGGCCUAAUGUGUGCCGUUGCUCUCCUUAUCUUGAUUUUGCUGAUUGUUUGCUUCAUCAGAAGAAACAAGGGUGGUAAAUAUCCAGUAAAAGAAAAGGAAGAUGCUCAUGCUGAUCCUGAAAUCCAGCCUAUGAAAGAAGACGAUGGGACUUUUGGAGAAUACAGUGAUGCAGAAGACCACAAGCCUUUAAAAAAAGGAAGCCGAACACCUUCAGACAGAACUGUGAAAAAGGAAGACAGUGAUGAUAGCCUAGUUGACUAUGGAGAGGGGGUGAAUGGCCAGUUCAACGAGGAUGGCUCCUUUAUUGGACAAUACAGUGGUAAGAAAGAGAAAGAACCGGCUGAAGGAAAUGAAAGCUCAGAGGCACCGUCUCCUGUCAACGCCAUGAAUUCCUUUGUUUAAUUUUUAAGCUCUUUGCCAAUAUCCCAUUUCUCGAUAAUGUUUAUCUUAAGCACUUGGUUGUUUACCUUCUCAUACUAUGAACAUAGAGGCAGAAAAUGUGUUUUCUACUGUAUGUUAUUAUUAUGAGAACAGUUAGAGCAAGAACAUAACUCAUUCAAAUGAUAUGUUAAUAUGAGCUGGAGUGCAAAGUGCAUACUUUUUUGUUCAAAAUGGGUAUUCUUGAGUUCCUCAGAACUGAAAAAAUAAUACAGCGACAUCAACAAAUCAUGUUAUUUCCUCCUAAGGAUACAGAUCAAUAUGAUGCAUGAAAAACGCUACACAUUUAAAGGACACACCUGUGUAUGUUGUGAAAACAUGGUUUGAUACUUUGUUUAUACUGUCCUCUGCCGAACCCCUAAAUAUGAAUUCCGUUUUCAUUGUCAAGAGUGUUACUGUAGUAUUUUCUAGAACUUCAAUGUCUUUGUGGACAUUGUUGUGAAACUGGUGACUCUAUGUCUAGCUGUUGUUAGUCUUUUUGGGAGACUGUUAGGAACAGUAUGUACAGUAUAUACUUGCUAAAUGAGGUAAUUAUGGUAGUUGCAUUUGCUGAUGCUUACUGAGACUCUGUUACCUGCUCUCUGCUCCUGUUAUUCCGUAGCCUUCUUGAUCUGCCAGGUAUUACAGCAGUGCAGUGUUCUACUUUUUCCAUCAUCUCUGUGGUCGAUUGUUCCUAGGCAUAAACGGUGUGCAUUGCAGUGCAUUUUGGCACUUGUGCCAUACUGAAGGAAUUGGAAACAAACCACUAAAAUUUGAUUUCAAGACUUAUUCCAGAAGACACAGGGCAAGAUACAUGCCGUGCCUUCAGACAAUAAGCAUUCCAUAGCAUACUACAAUCUGUAUUAGCCAGUAUGCUCAGCCAGA